AUGAAGUGUUCCGUCUCAGCCUUAGAGCAGGAAUCAGUUGGUUUCCGCUUCCAGUUCAUCCCCCGGCUCUCCGUGACCCAGCCACAACACAUUGGAUCUACUCCAGACGAUUUUAACAGUACGCCAUUUAGAACUUCACCAAAUCUUGAUGACGGUACUACAAAAGGAGGACGAGAAAUCACCGUGGGGCCAGAGACUGAGUUUGAAUGCCGUGGAAAAGAAGGAGAGUUCCCUCAUCCACGUUACUGUCACUACUAUUACAAUUGCAAGAAUGACAAUGUUACUAUGGUCAGGUGCCCAGAAGGACAGUAUUUCGAUGUCGAACGUGGAUAUUGUGAGGAAUGGUACAUGGUGACAUGUGGAGACAGGUUAACGCCAGAAGAAGUUGAUUCCACCAUGGAUGACUUCUUCAGUACAGGACAUCCCAGAACGCAACCUACGGCAAAGCCUGAAGAAAAGACAACGCAAGAGCCAGCUACCGAAAAGCCAAAACCAGUCUUCAAAUGCCCAACAAAAGAGGGUAAUUAUCCCCACGAGAGGAAUUGCGGGAAAUAUUACCGGUGCGUUAACAGUGAACCCGAAGAAAUUUUGUGCCCCAAAGGAUAUCUCUACGACUUGAAUAAUGGGAUAUGCAACGCAGAAGAAGACACAAACUGUGGGGAUAGAAUUCAUCCUGAUGACAAACCAGACGAGCCGGAUGAAGAUAGAGACAAAGUAGUUGAUCCCGACCCGGAAUUUGACUGUACCACCAGACAUGGCUGCUUCACCCACGAAAUGUUCUGCAAGUGGUACUACUACUGUCACGACAAGAGGCCCGAAGUUCGAGAAUGUUCCGGCGACCAGUACUUUGACAGUGUCAGGAACAAAUGCCUGGAGUGGUGGAUGGUGUUUUGUGACAAUAGAAGUACGCCAGAUUACGGUUCAACGACAGUUCCCACAUCUGGUACGGAUUCUUCAACGCCUAGUGGAACGGGAGUUACGGACAGUGGCAAUCGUGGAACAGGAAUGACUGACAGUGGAAACCGUGGAACGGGAAUCACCGACAGUGGAAACCGUGGAACGGGAAUCACCGACAGUGGAAACCGUGGAACGGGAAUCACCGACAGUGGAAACCGUGGAACGGGAAUCACCGACAGUGGAAACCGUGGAACGGGAAUCACCGACAGUGGAAACCGUGGAACGGGAAUCACCGACAGUGGAAAUCAUGGAACCGGUGCAACAGACAGUGGCAAUCGUGGAACAGGAGUGACUGACAGUGGAAAUCGUGGAACCGGCGCAACAGACAGUGGCAAUCGUGGAACAGGUGUGACUGACAAUGGCAAUCGUGGAACGGGAGUCACUGACAGCGACAAUCGUGGAACAGGAGUAACUGACAAUGGCAAUCGUGGAACGGGCAUCACUGACAGUGGAAAUCGUGGAACCGGUGCAACAGACAGUGGCAAUCGCGGAACGGGAGUCACUGACAGCGGCAAUCGCGGAACGGGAGUCACUGACAGCGACAAUCGUGGAACAGGAGCAACUGACAAUGGCAAUCGUGGAACGGGAGUCACUGACAGUGGAAAUCGUGGAACCGGUGUUACUGACAAUGGCAAUCGCGGAACGGGAGUCACUGACAGCGGCAAUCGUGGAACAGGAGCUACUGACAAUGGCAAUCGUGGAACGGGAGUCACUGACAGCGGCAAUCGUGGAACGGGAGUCACUGACAGCGGCAAUCGUGGAACCGGCGCAACAGACAUUGGAAAUCGUGGUACAGGCAUUACGGACAACAGAAGUCGUGAUACAGAACGCACUGAUAGAUGGAGUCGAGGCACCGAACGUACUGAUAGCUGGAGCCGUGGAACUGGCAUUACUGAUAAUCGGGGAACCGGUGUAACUGAUAGCGGAAAUCAGGGAACUGGACGCACUGAUAGAUGGAGCCGUGGUACAGAAGUAACAGGAACAGAAGGUACAACAGAAAAUGUGAUAGUUACAAGUGCGAAGCCGAUUGAAGACCUGUGCAAGGAAGAAGAUGGAGAUUUUGCCCAUCCUGAUCAAUGCAGAGAAUAUUACACAUGCAAGGAUGGCGACUACACCCUGAAUGAGUGUCCGAGGGGAACGAUGUUUGAUAACACCAUGAGAAUCUGCUUCAAUGAAGACAAAGUUGACUGUGGCACAAGGUUCAAACCGACUCAAGCACCAGUAACUGAUGACUGCGAUGAGUGGCUUCGAACUUCGAAAACAUCCAAUGGUGGGAAUACAACCCCUUCUUUGAAAGAAACCCCUGAAGGAACUGGAGGUACUGAAUCGUCACAUGAUGUUACAAAAAAUCCUUCUUCGGAUAGUACUGACGUGUCAGGUCGAACAGGUUCAGGAAACGAUGAUUCAACAUCAUCUAACGGAUUAACAAAAGACCCUUCUGCGGAUAGUACUGAU